CGUCGGUGUAUGGUUAAUCAGCUGUUUUUGGGCCGGAGGAGCUACCAACUAAAUCAAAAUAAGGCUAAUUUGCCUUCAAAGGACUGUUAACAGCAAACGACUAAUCACAAUACUUAGUCUGGAGACUGUUGACAUGCUUGAUUUGGAUCGUCACCAUGGACAAGAUUUUGGAGGGCCUUGUGAGCUCAAAUCAUCCAGUUCAUGUGAAGAAGGCCAUUAUAAAGAAAGUAGUGGAGGCGGCAGAGAAAGCUGUGACCGAGGAGCAGUGCCAAGCAAUGUUUACUCUCACCACUCAUCUCAUUUUGCUCGGGGAAGAUGCUUUUCAGAAGCAAGUGGGCUUUCAGGUUCUGGAGGCCUAUGCCCGGUACCACCGCCCAGAGUUUGAGCGAUACUUUAGCAAGGACUUUGUGUUGGGUCUGCUCCAGCAGGGCUAUGGCGAGCUGCACCAUAAAGACCCAGCCAUUAUAGACUUCAUUCACAGUUGCCUGCGUUUGCUCAUCAGCUGCCCGUCUGUACUGGAGAUCUUUAGUGUGAUUCAGGUGGAAGUGUUAAGGAUGGUCUGUGAGCGGCCUGACCCUGCCCUGUGUGCACGUCUUAGCACUCUGCUCUCUGACUUUGUACAAUGCAUCCCAAAGGACAAGACUGGAGGUCUGUUCUGUCAGCAGCUUGUGAGGACCAUUAGUUACUUCCAGUGCUUUGCCAAUGAAGAGCAAGAGCUGAGAGAAUAUGUAAACCAAGUGACCAGGGCGAGCACGCUGCUCCAGAACAUCUGGAAGACUGAUCCGGCAACUCUGCUGCCAUCACUGCAGGAAGUCUUUUCUAUCAUAUCAUCAACAGAACUGACAUAUGAGCCCUCCAUUGCCUUGGCCUGUCUGGUCCAGCACAUCCCAGUCCAGAUGAUCACAGUGCUUAUCAAGAGUCUGACAACAGACCACAGUGUUAAAGAUACAAAUAUGACCAAGGCCCUCUGCAGGAUGAUCGAUUGGCUAUCUUGGCCUCUGGCCCACAAUGUGGAUAUCUGGGUCAUUGCACUUCUGAAAGGACUGGCUGCAGUUCAGAAGUUCACCAUCCUUAUUGAUGUGACACUGCUAAAAAUUGAACUAGUAUUUAAUCGACUGUGGUACCCCAUUGUUCGUCAGGGAGCCCUUGCAGUCCUGUCACACAUGCUGUUGAGUUUUCAGCACUCUCCAGAAGCCUUUCAUUUGGUUGUUCCCCGCGUGGUUCCAUUAGUCCAGUCCUUAACAACAGAUGGACAUCCCAACAGCAAAGAUUUCUUAUUGCAAUUCUCCAAACUUAUGCACUGUAUGAUGUACCACUACUCUGGAUUCCCAGACCUUUAUGACCACAUACUUGAGUCCAUCAAGGAUCUCCCAAAACAGGAAGAUGAGAUCAAGUUGGUGUUGAAUCAAAGUGCCUGGACCUCUCAGUCCAACUCAUUUGCGCCGGGUUUUCUGAGACAGUCUGGGAAGUCUGAGACAGGCAAAACAGGCCUGGUCAACCUUGGAAAUACCUGCUAUAUGAACAGCAUCAUACAGACCCUCUUUAUGGCCACUGAUUUUAGGAGACAUGUUUUGUCUUUAAAUCUUAAUGGCUCAGAAAGGCUCAUGAAAAAGCUUCAGUUGCUGUUUGCUUUUCUUGCACAUACUCAGAGGGCAGCAUAUGCUCCUAAAAAUUUUUUGGAAGCGUCUCGGCCUCCCUGGUUUAAUGCUGGAUCCCAGCAAGACUGCUCUGAAUACCUCAGAUUUCUUCUAGACCGAUUGCAUGAAGAGGAGAAAACAAUUCAGGUCCUGCAGUCAUCUGAACCCAAAGAAGUCUCAGCUGAUGACAGAAAUGACAAUGGCCCCAAAAGUCCAGAUGAACACGUGCCGUCACUAACUCCUACUGACUGUGACAGCAGAACUUUAAUAGAGAAGACGUUUGGUGGGAAGCUGAUUACCGGGAUCCGCUGUAUGCAUUGUAACAGCAUAUCUGAGAAAGAGGAGCCUUUUACAGACCUGUCUUUGGCCUUCUGUCCCCCUGUCACCUCUGCAGACACUGGCCCGGUAGAGGGGCCCAUGGUGGGGCCCAUGGUGGGGCCUAUGGUGGGGCCCAUGGUGGGGCCCAUGGUGGGGCCCAUGGUGGGGCCCAUGAUGGGGCCGGAGCUUCAUUGUCAGGGAUCAGUCAAUGGUGGCAGUGAAAACCCUGAGUCAGGGCCAGUGAAAUCACCAGCCAGCAGUGUUUCUAUUGUGCCAGUGAUGAGCGAGCCUCCCCUCUCAGUGCCUGAUCUGGUCAACUAUUUCCUGGCACCAGAAAUCCUUGAUGCAGAUAAUGCUUACUUUUGUGAAAAGUGCGUCUCUCUCCAAAGAGCAGAGAGGACGUUAAAAAUGGUGUCAGCACCUGAGUACCUCAUUUUGACUCUGCUGCGAUUUGCAUAUGAUGCCAAGUGCCACGUGCGGAGAAAAAUUUUGGACAAUGUCACUAUUCCAGCAUUGAUGAGGCUUCCUGUGCACACACACAUACCCAGACCAUCUUCUACAUCUUUGCAAGAGGAUUCUCCAGAAUGCACUGAGAACCUGGCAAAAAAGCUCAAACCUUCUCAAAAUGAUGAAGAGGAGAGAAUAGAUGGAGCUGUACAGGACACAUCAGUUCAGUCGGUCCCUUAUGUUCUCUGCUCUGUGGUGAUGCAUUCAGGUUUGUCCUCAGAAAGUGGGCAUUACUAUUCUUACGGUCGCAAUGUCUGUGAAGUAGAUGGGACGCAGCAUCUUGCCAACUGUCUUUCCUUAAAAGAUGAUAACAGGGCAGAUUGUAUCCCUUCUUGCUCAUCUCUGGCAGUUUCACAUGAGCAAGGGAAUACAUCAUCCCCUAGUGGACAUUCAGACAAAGACUGGCUUUUGUUCAAUGACAGCAGAGUAACUUAUGCCUCCUUCCAAUCAGUGCAAAAUAUUACUAAUCGCUUCCCCAAGGACACAGCAUAUGUGCUCAUGUACAGAAAACAGGAGAUUCCUGGGAAAAACGUAAACGGGACAGGGGUGGCAAAUGGGAUGAGAAUGAAUGCAGAGCCACCACUACAAAAGGAGCUUCUGGAUGCUAUUAUUAAAGACAACAAACUCUUCCUACAGGAGCAGGAGCUGAAUGCCCGAACCCAAGUUCUGCAAGCCUCAUCGUCCUGCUCCUCCAAGCCCAAUGGUUCAGAUGACAACAACCCUCCAGGGAGCUGCGGCCCAUCUGGUGGAGGGGGAGGAGGAGGUGGCUUCAACACCAUCAGCAGACUGGUGUUUUAAAGCAAGGAACGCUGUAGAAAAGCUCAACUCUGGACCGCCUCAAACACAACACCAACCUCACCACAACAUUGUCCAAUCCCAGAAGCAGCGCUACAUUUUAGUAAAAACAUCAAAUGAGGAUUGAUUCUUACCUUGAAGUAAUUUGGUUUCUUAACUUUUGGUUUUAUAUUUUGGCCAUGAUGAAAAUGUUUGUAAUUUAUAAUAAGAUAGAAGUGUUCCACCACUUUAUACAGUAUUUGAUGGAAGCACUCCACUGGAUAUGAACUGUGUAAAGUAUGUGGUUCUUCACGGGCAUCAAUAAUAAACCACUUUUACUUAUGUUGUUACGGCACACAUUUUAGCAAAUUUUUAAAGAACCAUCACUAAACAAACAAUUAUGACAACUAUAUUUGCUUUUAGAAUAUAAUGAUAAAACUAUUUGAUUGGUGAAGCAUGAAAGUGGAAACAAAUUUAAGUGUCACAUUUUUUGGCCACCUCAUGCUUAAAUGCCUAUGUUUUUGCCUUGUUAUUUUAAGAUGUGCCCUACUGUCUAAAUCUCACAUGCAAUAAAUGUACAUACUGUUAAGAACCACAUCAACUGAGCAAAAAAAUCUCAGUUUGGGGCAUUUUUGAGAUUAUGCUAUAUUGAUGUUUUAAAAAAAAAAACACAACAGUGCAAUGUACAUUACUAUAUUGUCUGUCCCUGUAUGUGAUCAUUCAGGGAUAUUUGUGGGUUAAUGGUUGCUUUUUGUAUGCUUUUUGAUAUUUAAUGCAGACUUGAUGAGAUCACUGACUGUAAUAUGUACACCUCAGCUGUAUUGUGUUCAGUUACCUUUUCCCACAGUAAAAACGCUGGUCAUUU